AUGACCAUUUCCGGUGCACUUGAAGAGGUUUCUUUGGAUGACUGUAGUAUCAAAUACACCGGUCUCUCAUAUACCUGGGGCUCGUCUCUAAAGCCGUUCAAGUUAAGGACGAAUCUGGGAUUUAUAGCUUUGACCACAUCGUUGUACUUUGCCAUAGUGCAGAUGCUUCGGGAUACGAACGGGCCACGGGUGAUUUGGGUUGAUGCAGUCAGCAUAAACCAGGAAAAUGAAAGUGAGAAAGCCGGACAGAUUGAGAUACUGCAUGAAAUCUUUGGUCAGGCGGCGGGAAUUCUAGAUUGGGUUGGCAAAGAAAGCGUUGACAGCAGACUUGCUUUUGACACAAUGAGAUACCUUUCACGCAUCCUUCCAGAAGAGUUGAGUGGCUUUGACAUGAGGGUCAACUCAGAUAGAUGGGCCGCCGUUAAUGCCUUGAUCGCACGGCCUUGGUUUCGUCGCACUUGGAUUGUCCAGGAAGUUGUCUUCGCAAGGAGAUUGACUCUGGUCUGCGGCCGGGAUCAGAUACAGUGGGACGACUUUUGCCGACCAAGCUUGAUGGAGCUUCUCGAUACUUUCCAACACACCGAAUGCUCCCUUUUGCGCGAUAAGCUUUUUGCAUUACGAUCCCUCGCAGGCGAGGCAUUGAAUAACAAGUUCAGACCCGAUUAUCGGUCGAGCCUGACGGAUGUAUUGCACAGAUAUGCAGCAACAUUUGUUGCGCAAGGAAAUGCCCUGCAGUUACUGUCCCGUGCGGCAGUUAGCAGCGAACCGGACAAGGACCUGCCAUCAUGGGUGCCGCGUUGGACUUCUAUACCCUACCCACGGACAAUCACUUCCUGGAAAUCAGCAGAUAUCAAUAUUAGCGGUAGUGGGACUUCUGAGGUCGCGUGCAACGCAGUGCAAGCGCCGUUCUUCAAGGAUCUAGAGCGCCAUAUCCUCGUGAUUCAGGGUCACCUGUCCGAACCCUUGAAGUUUGUGGGCGUGUGCAAUUCUGAUUCCGAGAAUAUCUUAGACUACCUCGACGAGAUGUUUAAGACGGUUGAGUCCUUAUCGCGAUAUAAGCAGGGACACGACGAUCUAAUCUGGAAGCUAGCCAUUGGCGAUGCGGCGAACCUGCCUGAGGUCAACGAUGUAGUGCCGAACUAUCGAAGGUCCUACGAAGAGCUUUGA